AGGUGCAUAUCAUCCCAACGCGUCUCAUCACAGCAUAGGAAACAUCCAUCGAUUGCAGCAACACGAUAGCGAUAUGCGCAAGGAACGUAUACUUAUCUUCGAUAGCGACGAGAUUCGGUCCAAUCACGUCAAGAUGAAUGAUAAGAUCAGCCCAGACUACCCCAUCUUUUCCUCAGCGAGGUGCGACGUAAGCACAGCUGUCCAUCUUUGACACUUGCCGCGAGAUGCAGCACAGACAUCCUGAACCUCAUAAGGUGAGGACGAUGUCCAGCUUCUUUCCGUCUUAGAUCGGGCUCGGACGCAACUCCGCUGUACCUUGUCGAUCACACAUCUUUCGCGAAUACCAUCGAGGAGCGUCAUCACACUGAAAAAGCCGCCAGAUCCUUUCAUCCUUGUUCAGUCUUUCACGCGCUCAGAGAUAGAGAGCAUCACACUGCGUGGAAGCGCUUCAAGACAGAGCCUCCUCAUCAUGCCCAUUCCGGGCAAUAUAAGCGCUCGCAGCCAUGCGGCGAAGGAGAAGGUCAAGCUUCGUCUGACACAGCCAUCGAGCUGGCAGCUUCCCAAGCAAAACAGCAGUAUCGCACCGCCCGAUGUAUGGACCAAUGCGGAUAUGGAGCCAGUGCCACCGGAGAAGCGCACUUGGGGUAAGAGCGCAUUCGUAACGUACUGGUUCAGUGACCUCGUUACUAUAUCGACUUGGAGUUCAGGAUCUGCUAUUUUCACACUAGGGCUUACGGCAACUGACGCUGUGCUCAUAACGCUCGUUGCGGGUAUAUGCAACGCUAUACCCACAGUAUUGAACGGCGCCAUCGGCUCGAAUCUACACAUCCCAUUCCCUAUCGCCUCUCGCGCUAGCUUUGGUUACUGGUUCAGCUACUUUGCCAUUGUGAGCAGAGGUGUCUUGGCCAUGUUUUGGUUCGGGGUUCAAACAGCCAAUGGAGGUACAUGUGUGACUGCGAUUCUGAAUGCAAUCUGGCCAAGCUUUCGUGAUAUCCCCAACCACCUACCUGCGUCGGUCGGGCUUACCACGGCCGGGAUGGUCUCAUACUUCCUGUAUUGGCUCAUUCAGUUCCCAUUCCUCCUUAUCCCAACGCACAGGCUACAGUACAUGUUCUGGGUGAAGACAGUUCUGUUGCCGCCCGUAGCUAUCGGAAUGACAAUAUGGGUUGCUGUCAAAGCUGGUGGUAAUGGCACUUUCUUCACACGCCCGGCCUCGGUACAUGGUGCUGAGAGGGCUUGGCUCUGGCUAUCAAGCAUGACUAGCAUCACUGGUGGAUAUAGCACUCUCGCUGUCAACAUCCCCGACUUCUCACGUUUCAGCAAAGAUCCUACCGCGCAAUACUGGCAGAUGCCGGUGAUCCCGUUCUUCAAGACUAUGGUCGCUCUGAUGGGGAUCGUCUCUGCAUCCGCCGCCCAAGAGAUCUGGGGCACGGCCUAUUGGACGCCACUACAGAUUAUCGAUACAUGGGACACGCCUGGCGGCCGUGCAGCAGCCUUCUUCUGCGCUUCCAUCUGGCUGCUUGGGCAGCUCAGCGUCAACAUUAGUGCGAACGCCGUUUCUUUUGCCAACGACGUCACAACGCUAGCGCCAAAGUACCUCAACGUGCGUCGAGGUUCCAUUCUCGUCGCGUUCAUCGGCGGCUGGGCGCUAUGUCCUUGGAUCAUCGUAGCGUCAGGCAAGGCGUUCCUUAACUUCAUGAGCGCAUAUGCCAUCUUCAUGGCGCCCAUGGCAGGCAUCCUUUUCACGGACUACUGGCUGGUGAAGCACAGGAAGUACGACGUCCCCGCUUUGUACGACCCAAGAGGCAUCUACCGAUAUGGUCGCUACGGUACAAACUGGCGCGCUGUUGUCGCAACGUUCGUUACCAUCAUCCCUCUGUUGCCAGGCCUAGCCAACAAAGUCAAUCCGGAGUUGAAGCUCUCGGCUGGCCUCCAGAAUCUCUUCACGUUCAACUGGUUGUAUGGGUUCUUUUUGUCCAUUUUCUUGUACUACUUUUGCAACCUUUUCUUCCCGGCUCAGCAGACUCUGAUUUCACGUGUUGUCACUGGAUUCGAGUAUCUGGAUGGGAUUGACGUUGACACUGAGGCGGGAAGCCUGUCGCAAGACGGGAAGGCUGGGGAGUGUAAAGAUAUGCCUGAGGCGAAAGUGUCUCCUCGGUCUUCGAGCUAAGCUCAAAACUACAGCAAUUAGAGUAGUCACAUGAUAUGACGUCCUGCAGCAUAGCAGAGGUUGCGCAUUAAUACUUCGAUAUCAUAAUCCAUC